GUCACAUGAGGAUCAUAUGACUCACGAGAUUAAAUAGUUGAUAGAUCAGAAAGAUUGAUCACUUUUUGUCUUGUCGCUGGUCGUUGAUCUGUAAAAUUGCCAGAGGGAAUAUAAACCAUGAAGGUGUUGUUAGUGAUCGCCCUGUCGGCCCUGUCUCAUGCCAGCGUGCUCAAGUUUGAGCAGCAGGUUCCUCUUCACAAGCCUCUCUCUGAGGAACUUAUCCACUAUGUAAAUCACGUUGCCAAGGCAACAUGGAAGGCUGGCCACAACUUUGUUGGUCGUAACAUGACGGAGAAAGAUCUGAAGAAGCUCUGCGGAGUUCUGGAGGACCCCAUGGGGAAACACCGCCCCACUGAGAUUGACCCAUUUGAGAUGUACGGCAUGGACGCCAACGACAUCCCUGAGGAGUUCGACUCCAGGACAAACUGGCCAAACUGCCCCUCGCUGAAGGAGAUCCGUGACCAGUCGGCCUGCGGCUCAUGCUGGGCCUUUGGAGCAGUGGAAGCCAUGACUGAUCGUAUCUGUAUCGCGUCCUCAGGAAAACAGAACGUUCACAUCUCUGCUGAGGAUCUGAUGACAUGCUGCGGAUUUAUGUGUGGAAAUGGUUGUAAUGGAGGUUUUCCAGGUGGUGCAUGGUCUUACUGGGUGAGAGAUGGCAUCGUCUCUGGUGGUCAAUAUGGCAGUCAUCAGGGUUGCCGUCCCUACUCCCUGCCUUCCUGCGAACAUCACGUCAAUGGCUCCAAACCCGCUUGCAAGGGUGAUGACCCCACCCCUAGAUGUGAGAAAAAGUGCGAAUCUGGGUACAGCGUGUCUUACAAAGAGGACAAAAACUACGGCAAGUCCCACUAUUCAGUGCGUUCCUCUGAGAAAUCCAUCCAGACAGAGAUCAUGACCAACGGGCCUGUAGAGGGCGCUUUUACCGUGUACGCUGACUUCCCCAGCUACAAGUCAGGUGUGUACCACCACACCUCAGGGUCAGCCCUGGGGGGUCACGCUAUCAAGGUCCUGGGUUGGGGCGUGGAAAGUGGCACCCCCUACUGGCUGGUAGCAAACUCAUGGAACCCUGACUGGGGAGAUCAAGGUUUCUUCAAGAUCAAGAGAGGUACCGAUGAGUGUGGAAUUGAGAGUGGAAUUGUUGCAGGUCUUCCCAGAGUCAACUAAAAUACAUCAGAUACCACAAACAACACAGCAGCAGUAGCAAUUACAUGAGAGAAGAGUUGGUACCUUGUUGUUUCAAAUUGAUUUAACAUUAUCAUUUGUUUGUUUGAAGAGAGACUUUCAAGAUCGUGAUAGUUCUUCUAUGCAACUUUCACUAGGAAUAGGGAGAAAAGAAAUUCGAAAUAAUCAAAGGAAUCCGAUUUGCAAUAAUGCCUUUAUUAAUGCCUUUCAAUUUUUUCAUUACUUUAUCAUUCCAUGAAGGAAAUGAAUUAGAACUGUUGAAAUAAGUCGAACUUGUGAAAAUCCAGAAUGUCAAAAUUUUAUAUAUUUGACAGAGCAUAGUGUAUAUUAUGUCUUUGAGAUGUGAAUAUCUUUAAAAGAUUUCUUAUAAUUUAAUAUGUGAUGUAUUUUGGAAGAUUUUUACUACAACGAGAUUUGGCUUUAAUAAAUUUUGAAUAUAU